AUGAAUAAGAUAAAAUCAGCUAACACUCAAGAUUAUGACGUUUCGGACAUUCAGUGCAGUUUUUCGGACUUCGGCGACGGGUCUCAUUCCCGAGACGUCAUAUCCGCGCGAUUGCGAAAACCCGAAGGCUUCCGAGGGUCUCCGCUCUUCGCCGACGACAGGCAAGUGGACCCGCUCAAGGACUCAACGUGCCAGAUCCGCCCUGUUCCUGGGGACCCCACUGAGCUCUCCUACAACCUCCUUAUCACCGACUUUAAUAGGUGUGGCGUGGCUAAACGAAAUGGUUUUGUCCAUGUGCGGAUAUGGUUUCCUCAGUUUACUGGUGUAGUAAUGAUGUCAGAUCAGGAUCUUGUCAUUAUGUGUAAGCCUCCAGAACCCACAAUUAUUGAGAACAAAGCUGCAGGAUUUGCGGGAAGUCUGCAGAACGGCGCGCGCGUGUCGGGCGUGGUGGAGGAGACGCCGGGCCGGCUGGAGUACGAGGUGGCGCUGUACAAGGAGGCCCCGCCCACGCGCCUCGCCAACAAGAGCAACGAGCUGCCCGUGGACCAGGCCGUGCCCAUCGGCACCAAGCUGCAGCUGCGCGCGCGCAUCAACCCCGAGUCAGCUUGGAAAUUCGUUAAGCUCAUGGAAGUGACAGUAUCACCUGAUCCAGAUGAACCUCACUCCGUAGGCAGCGUAGCCCUGGUCAAAAAUGGCUGCAGAAAUCUGGACUUUGCAUCAAUUAUUCCACACCAGCCAGCUCGAUAUAGAGAUAGACAUAAUGAAGUUUUUCUUGAUUUUGAAGCUUUUCUUCUCAGCGCGAUGAGUGAACGAUCAACACUUUGGAUUCACUCUCAGAUUAAAGCAUGUAUGGACGCGAUAGACUGCAAACCAGAAUAUUGUGUCGACCUGUUUGAACCUUCAGGUCACGGCAGAAGGCGACGCCGAACAGUGGAAGUAUCUUCAACCGCUGUGCACAACAAUGACUCCUCGCGACCGCCUGCUAAUGAUUUAAACACCCAGUCGACAAAGUUCAAUGAAAAUAUUGAAUAUGCUGUGCUAAUGCCACAAGAUUUUUAUCAAGAAUCGACGAUGAAUGAGAAUUCGUGUAACGCAAUUUUGGCGGUUACAGGAGUGCUUGGAUGUAUAAUAUUUGUUGCCGCUUUAGUUGUGUGCUACCUCGCGUCACGCCUGCAUACCCUGGUGGCAGCCCCAAAUCACAGAAAGGGAAUUGAAGAAGUAGUAAGAGAUCAUUCAGUUUUUCUACAUGACGGUGAAUCAAAUCGAUAUACUGGUAGAAGUACAUUACAAUAAUAUUUAAGAUACAAUCCAUCAUGAUAAAAAGUUUAUUAUUAGUGUUUAUAAGUGUAUAAGACAAUACGUAAUUGCAAACAAAAUGUAUUUGUAGUGUCUAAUCACCUGUAUACCAAGAUUUUACCUAUUAAACAACAGAAGCAACAAACAACAAGCGCGGCAAAUAAACACGCGUCUGGCUGAUUGUAACUGCUUCAAAAUUAUUAUUUGGUAUCAGACAGUGAAUAUUCAUAUAGAAUGAUAAUGCGUUUACUUCAAUUUUAUGUGACAUAUGGAAGGAGGAUGUUAAAAUAAAAAAAAGAACUUCUAAACCUCUUAAAGCAGCCAUUUGUGUACUGCUAAUCGUCCGUAAAGUUGAGGUAAACUUGCGCAGAUGCUUCGGCAACCAAAGAUAAUCUGUUGAAGUGACACAAUAACGGUUGUGUGUCUACCAACACUUACAUUCCAUAUACAAAAUAAGUUGGAUGUUUGUCAACAGAAAUAAAGAUUUUGCACUCACUUUAUUGUAGUAGAUAAAUAACUACGGUAAGAAUUGAGUGUAUAAAAAAUGUACGCAUCUCGGCCGAAAUGAGAAUGUUGCUGGACUCGUUAAUUUACCAACCUCGGCUUCUCUAUGCACCGCCUCGGUUGAUAAACACCUUGUCUAAAAUUAUGCACACUUCGGGCUUUAUACACAAACACAUUUUUUUACAGUCACCUUUGAAUUGGAAGGAUUGUUUGCAGUCGCUAGGCCAAUAAAAUAUUUAUGGUGUACUAGUUCAUCAUUGUUUCUUUUUUGACAUGAAAUUUAUUACAAUAUCUUUAGUACAAUAAGGAUUAAUUAUACUUACAUUUUUACCAAUAAAAUUAUAAAAUCAUUUCUUACCAGUC